UCACUCUCUCUGGAGUCCCAAUCUAAAAAAAAAUUUACCUUUCUCAUACAAAAUCAGAGGUCACACCGUAAGUGUUUGCCUCCUCCAAACUGUUUGACUUCCCUUUCAAAUCCAACUUUCAAACCCCUAGCUCUUCCGGAGCCCUCUCCCAUGUUCUUUGGAAUCUCCCAUGCCUCUCUCUUAUGACUUCAAAAGGAUUCCUCCAAACCAACCCUUAGCUUAGAGAAAUAAAGACACCUGUUUUCUUCUCUGAAUUCCUUUCCUUAUCACCAGCCAAUCUCAGAGGCCUCAUUAAUAAACCCAUGAGUUCUUUCCCAAAGCCCCAACCCUUCUCCGCCCUCUGUGUCACCACCCAAAAACUCAAUUCCUCACCACCACCAUUAUUAUUCAUCUCCAACUCCUUAGAGAAAGACCAGACCAAGAGGGCUCUCCAUGCCAAGAAGGCUUACAUCGUAAAACCCCUCCUAAACCCCACCCAGAGGCGUGCCCCCAAGCUUUCCUCACCCCCUAGAAAGGCCGCGGGGGAUGGGUUUGGCCUCUGUGGCGGUGGCAGCGGUCAUGCGGGGCGGCAGAUGUGGGCUCUGUGUGGGUUUGGGUAUUGGGUGCAGGGGUUCAGGUGCUUCCCCUGGCUGGCCCUCAACUUCCACCUGGCCUAUGGGCUUAGCUUCAGCCCUUCCACGCUUCAGUUGUUCCAGAACACUGGCAACCUCCCCAUGGUGGCCAAGCCCCUCCUUGGGGUCCUCUCUGAUGCUGUGCGCAUUGGGGGUGCCCACAGGCUCCCCUACAUCUCCAUUGGAGCCCUUUUACAGCUACUAUCUUGGGGGACACUUGCAGUAAUCCCAGUUACUGGUGAAACAUUUCCCACAUUAAUGGCAUGCAUUUUACUUAGCAACCUUGGAGCAUCCUUCACAGAAGUUGUGAGUGAUGCUCUCAUUGCUGAGUUCAGUAGAACACAGAAAGCAGGUGAGCUCCAGUCCUAUGCAUUCGUGGCUUUAGCAGCAGGAGCACUCUUGGGCAACUUGUCUGGUGCAUUUGUCCUCCUUAAAACGCAAGAGCCAAAGGUCAUGUUUUUCACUUUUUCUUUCCUACUGGCCAUCCACCUUGCUCUUUCCCUAACCACAAAGGAGACAUCCCUUCAUUUCCUUCAAUACUCAAAACAUCAUCUUGUUCAGAAUUCACUAGCUGAAAAUCUUAGCAAACAAUUCUCUGACCUGAUUACAGCAAUUAAUGAGGAAAGAAUCUUGUAUCCUCUUUUGUGGAUUGUAGCUUCUGUCGCAGUUGUUCCUCUUCUUUCAGGAUCCAUGUUUUGUUUCCAGACACAAUGUCUGAAGCUCGACCCUUCGGUCAUUGGUUUGUCUAAAGUUAUCGGGCAGCUGAUAGUUCUUUCUGCAACCAUGUUCUAUAACCAUUUCUUGAAAAGAAUCCCGAUGAGGAGACUGAUAUUUGGAGUGCAGAUACUUUAUGCUCUUUCACUUUCAUCAGACUUGUUUCUAGUGAAACAAAUCAAUCUUAAGUUGGGGAUUUCAAACGAAGUUUACGUGCUGUGUUUAUCUGCAUUGGCAGAGGCUUUUGCUCAGUUUAAGAUCCUUCCCUUCACUGUUCUCUUUUCAAGUUUAUGCCCAUCUGGGUGUGAAGGUUCACUCUUUGCGUUCUUUGCUUCAGCUCUGUGCUUAUCAUCCAUACUAAGUGGUAUCUUUGGUGUUGCACUGGCUUCUUUGAUUGGGGUUUCUUCUGGGGACUACUCAAGCUUGCCUUUAGGAAUCAUACUACAGUUUAUAGCUGCAUUGGUUCCUUUGGGGUGGAUAUCUCAUGUACCUGUCACACACAAUUUGAAGGAGAUGAAGAAAGGUAAGAGAAGAUCAAGGGCUUGGUGACAUGGUCGUUUCCUUUCACGAUUGCAAGAAGUAAAACAUCAGUUUUUGCAACCCAAAAAUUAUUUUUAGGGGCUUUUUAGCUCCUCUUUUUCGUUGCUGCAGCUGAUAAUUUGGACCCUUCAGCCUGAAUCCAAUGGGCUGCCUGUCGAAGCAAUGUGUUGCAACCUUAUGAAAGUUUUGUCAUGUUGAAUGUAAAAAUUUUUUCCAUGUGCACAUAAAAAUGGAGGCAAUGAAGUGCAGACAUUUAUGAUGAAUAUCAGUGAAACAAUUUUUUCA